GUUGAGGGCUGCACAAGCUCCGGCAGAGCUCCUCGCAGCAAUCAAGGCCUUGGACGAGGACGCUGUGCGGGCGCUGCUCAUCGAAGCUGUGCUUACUCCGCCCGAUGCCUCUAUUGCAGAAGGUUUCCUAGCUGAGUCUGAGGAAAGAAGGACCCGAGCCGAGCGCGACGGAGCCUUGCUUGAAUUCGGCUUCCCCGACCUCGACCGACGAGCGUUCUUCCAGGCUUCGGUCGCCGUGGCAUCCUUUCUCACGGAUCAGUACCGGAUGCACGAGGGCAGCGAUUUCAAGCUGAAGGUCAUCAAGGCGGCCAACUCCGUUUUGGUGACGUUUAGAAGCGCUGAAUAUGCGCAGGCCGUGCGAGAGACGACUAUUGACUUAGCCAAGCAGCUCGACGCCGGCAGCACCAGCGCCCAGGCGCUGCUGCGAGCAGAGCUCCGAAGCUCUCAUGGCCCUGCCUUCAGCGCAGAAGCUGACGAGCUUCUCUCGAGCCUUCGGCAGGAUGCCGAGGCGCUGCGCGAGAAGCCUUUGCGGGCUGUGCGAGGAAGCAGUCCGGAGCGCCGCCGCUCGUGCUCGCGGCGAGCUGCCGAGCACGAGGACGGGGCCGAGCCCUCUUUCUCGGGCUUCGACGGAGGCUGCAGCGACAGGUGCAAAGGAGGGGUUGCAACGGAUUCGCGCCAGAUUCAGCAAGCGGAAGUCUACCGAGUCGAACAUCGACAGUGGGAGCCUGCAGCAAAGGAAAAGGAGGUGGCAAAGUUUCACCAGGAUGCUCAGGAUUAUGGGGUGCGAGAUGCUCUCGGCUUUGAGGUGCUGGUGCUUCCGCGCGGCGCUGCCUUUGAGCUUCAACGAGACACAGCGAGGGCAAAGACCUUCCGAGACGACCUCAGGACCUUCGCGCGGAACUUCCGCAUCCAAGCCGAGCUUGUUGGCUUGGACAAGGCUUCGUCCACCAAGACACGAGAGAAAAGGCUCCAAAACCUUCUCAACUAUCACUUCCCGCUGGGAGCUCAAGCUUCCAACUCUGCCUGGCUAAGCCUUGUUCUUCCUAGGCGGGAGGUGCGGCUUCGAGUCGCCGAGUCUCCGCCUCGGUCGGGAGCCGGCAUCGACCUGACGCCCAGCGAUCGCGGGUUUCAGGUCGACCACGUGGAGGAAUUCCCGGGACAGGACUUCUCGGCUGGGGAGGUCAUCCUGGCCAUCAACGGCCACAAGCUCUCUGGUCUCUCUGAAGACGAAGAAGAGACUUUCGGAGCUCACUUUGGGGACGGUGCCAGCCCCCGGCCAUGGAAGCACCGAGUGGAUACCCGGAUGUCCCACCUUCGCGUCCCUCUGCCGCCGCCGGCCGGGAUCUUCAGAGAUCCCGGUUGGAGAAUGCCUGCCUGUACUGCUGAGGCAUUGGGGAUGGCCGCGAUCAUGGAAAAUCAGGUGGAAGAAAUGCGCAAGCUGCUCAGCAGAUUCAAGGUAUGUGCAAACCCGGCAGCUGCCGGCAUCGGAGCAGAUGUGGAUGCAGGUGCCCUUCCAGGGCAUGCAGACAUCCUGAUCUUUGGGCCCAGUGGAAGUGGGAAGAGCAGCCUUAUCCGCACCUUUUACAUGGCGCUGCACAAGACGCAGCAGGUUCCUGCAGACUUUGCGGACAGGAUUAUUGUCAAGGACACAGCCAUGAACGAAGGCACUCUCAAAUACAUUUCUGCCGUCAUCAAGCCGGCGAAACUAGACCACCGAGGUAACAUCCUCUCGUCCUCGAUCUUGUGCCACGACACUCGAGGCCAGAUUUGGAUGGACGAACGAGAGCAGAAGCAGCUCAGCGUCAUCAUGGAUGGGAACGUGAAGGACGACUCCAUGGUGCAGCAACGAAACUACAGGUAUGCGAGAUUGCUCUGGGAGUUCUGGAAGAGAGACUCCGAGCUCUUCCCUCCCGAGAUUCUGGCCAACAAGCGGGGGGUCCACAACCAGCCCCACGCCGUUCUCUUCGUCUUCGAUGGGUCCAUGGAGGAGAUUCCCGAUGGGGAAGAGGAGACAAAGUUCUACAGGGAGAUCAUCCAAAUGUGCCGCGAGAAAGGCUACACCAACCCACAGGCCUCCAAGUAUCAAAGAUGGACACCCCUUGUCUUGCGAUAUGUGUCCAGCUGCUCAUUUGCCUGA